UGCUGUUCCCCUAGUGUAGUGUUUAAAUGUCUUAAUGUUGUUACAUCUAAUCGUUUUACGUAGAACAUUUUCAACGUAAUGAACUUAGUCAGUAGACGUGAUUAUGUCCUAUAUUCAAAUGAACUGGAUCUUCAUUUCAUCAAUAAUAACUGGUUUGUGUAUGCUCUUGAAGUCAGGAUACUGCAAUGAUGCUCCUUUGAUACAACCAUUUAACUUUCCAGAAAAUGUUAAAAUAGGACAUACUUUAAGUGUUGCCUGUACUGUCAUGAAAGGUAAACCACCUUUUAAAUUUAUAUGGCAUAAAAAUGGAAACGUUUUGAAAGAAGGUGCCACUAUAAAUACGUUAGAAAAAGUUUCAAGUCUUAUCAUAGAUCCGGUUGUUAAACAAUCAAGAGGAAACUAUUCCUGCACAGUCAGUAAUGCCUUCGGAAAGAAUUCUUAUUCUGCUUUUUUGAGUAUAAGAGCUCCUCCAUCAUGGAUUACGGAGCCGGAAGAUCAAGAAACAGUCGAAGGACUGAUUACGUCAUUUACAUGCUUGGCAAAUGGUUUUCCUCUUCCUAAAAUUACUUGGAAAAAAAUUGGAAUAACCAACUCUAAUGGUGCUAAUUAUAACAUCUUAAGAACUUCGAUAAAUGGUACGCUCACUUUUAAUCCGACGCUUAAAGAAUAUGAAGGCAAGUACCUCUGUGAAGUAGAUAAUGGAGCUGGAGAACCUUUAAGGAAAACAUUUUCCAUCACUGUUCAUGUUUUAUACCUUUGAGAUUGUUUCAACUUUGCUGCUAACGUUUCGCUUUGGUUCAGCAUUAUCUUCAGAAGUACCAAGGAUACAACCUUUCCAAUUUCCUCAAAAUGUACAGCUGGGAGAUAAAGCCAGUGUUAUAUGUAUGAUUAUGAGAGGAGAGUCAACUGUUUCUUACGAAUGGUAUAAAGAUAACCACCCCUUAAAAAGCUACGGGAAUGUAAAUAUUGACUCUAGCGAUAUUUUUUCAACACUUGUAAUUAACUCAGUGGAAGAAACUUCAAUUGGUAACUAUACCUGUGUUGCCAAGAGUUCUGCUAGUCACGACAACUAUUCCGCAUUUCUCUUCGUACGAGCGCCACCUCAAUGGAUAACCGAAGCAGAAAAUUCAGAAGUUAUAGAAGGGCAAAGAAUUAAUAUAACAUGUUCAGCUAGCGGAUAUCCAGCUCCCACUAUAUCAAUUAGAAGAGAAGAUGAAAAUGCAAAGGACUUAUUGAAUGAGGAAAAAACAACUAGAAAUUCUUAUUCAGUUGGAUCGCUAAUCCUGCAACCUGUACUUAAAGUUCACGAUGGAAAAUAUAUUUGUGAAGCAAAUAAUGGUGUUGGAGCUCCACUGAAGAG